AUGCGGGCGGGCACGAGGGUGCGGGAUACAAUCCUCACCAUCAUCAAUCGCCCGUCCAAGAAGUACCAUGGCUUCCACGGUUAUGCCCCGCUGCCCAUGGAGCCCAUCUAUGGUACAAGCAUGCAUCCACCACACCACCCAUCCCAUCCAACGCCCAGAACGACACAUCCGCAGCUGCAGCCUCUCAUCAUGCCACAAAUGCCGCAAUGGCCGAGCAUGUUGACCAGCCAGUCCACCUAUCAGCCCUCACUGUUUCCUUCGGCGCCCGUUCCCAUCACGCCUGCAUCAGCAACACCAGUGUCGGCUUCGUCGACGCACUCACGGACCUCAUCUACUCCCCGCAAGACGCUCACCGACUCGGAUCGUAGACGAAUGUGCCAGUAUCAUGAAGAGAAUCCGACUGUCAAGCAAACGGAGAUUGGAGCAAUGUUUGGUGUGGAGAGAAGCACUGUUUCCAAGGUCCUGCGUCAAAAGGAAAAGUACCUCUACCAAGACGACGGUAGCCGGUCACCCAUCAAAAGAUCCAAAGGCAAGUUCCCAGAUAUUGAGCGCACGCUCUCCAACUGGGCGCGAAACCAUCAAAGACAGGGUCUUCCGCUGUCAGACGCCAUCAUUCGUGAAAAGGCUCGCUUUUUCGCGCAGACCGUGGGCAACUCCGAGAGCCACUUGAAGACGAAUAGCACCAGCUGGCUCGAAAAAUUCAAGCAAAAAAACCAUCUCAUGGGAGCCCGAUCCAGGAAGGGGUCGAUAGCAGAAGAAUCAGAGGGUACGUCGAAUCCACCGUCAAACGAUCAUACACCCGGAGCCAUUUCGCCAACAUCGCCCGGCGCCCUAUCACCCAACAAUGCGAGCAUGAAGACCAAAAAGAGCGAAGAGAAUCUCAAGACCGAGAGUCCGGAUACAUACGAUUUUUCCAAUCAGCGACGACCCUUUCAUUCACAGAGUAACACUUCCUUGUCCAGCGUCUUUACCGAUAAUGCGCCUUCGUCCUUUUCCGCAGGUCCAACCAGUCCAACUUCACUCUCAUCGCCCUUCUUCACGCCCGACUCUGCAUGCGGCCCGAAUCCCUUUGUGGGAAAUCGCCAGCCAGCCAGUGGCCAGCCAGGAAGCGCCAACUUCCAGAGACCACGCAGCCAGACCUUUCCCAUGCUCGUUGGUGUGGAGCAGUACAUGUCCCCACCCGGCUCGACGGAUGCCCUCACACCAAAAUACAUCAGUAGCAACACACUCGACUCCCCCAUGGCAGAGAUGCCCGGCGGCCUGCCAGUCAUAGAUGAAACCAUGUCUCUGUCGCCAACACAGGUCACAAACUCGAUGCAACCGCCUCCUGUACCCAUGGGCACGACGGGAACUACAGAGGACAAGGGCUCUUCCAACGAACCAUCGCCAAUCACCACACCGUCCCAAGAGGAGGCUGCACGCGCACUACAACUCGUCAUCAACUUCUUCCAGUCACAGAACGCCGGCUUCGUGGUCGAGCCACAAGAGUAUGUUGCCAUUGGCAGGCUCCUGGAGAAGCUUCGUAUCAAGGACAGAUCCGAGAGCCUACCAUCCGUGAUGCGACGCGUAUCGGAGCCCGAAUUUGCCGCUACCAAGGUGGAAAGCGUCGAUAUUCGCCAUUGA